AUCAAAUAACGGCACUAGCAACUCUCUUCCAGGUUGUGGCUCGAAGUUUAGCACUGUACAUUUCUUCUUCUUCCUCUAUCUUGAUCUCACAUUUUACAAGAAACCCUACCCACGGUUGUAAGAUGAUAACAUGAGUGCAAGAGAGAAGGAUGUGAAACGACAAUUCGAGACUAAAAGGGACGGUAGCGUAAACAAAGUGGCGGGCAUUACGUCGUUUCGUCCAGGGAGUGUAAACUAAAAUGAUUGCAACCAAGGGUCGCCCGACUUUCAAACUCUCUGCACACCGAAUAGGAAUCGUGUUUAUUAUAAUUUCAUUCAUAUGGGGUCUCUACCUGAUAAAGAUCCAGCUCGAUGAGCGGAAUUCCCAGCCGGACUAUUUAAAAGGAAGGAUUAUUCAUUUAUCCAAGGAGUAUAUCCGUGCAUUGGCUCGAGAGAAGGGAGUCUAUGGUAUAGAUGGUCAACCAUCUACUCAACAAGGAGUUGGUGAUCUCAAAAAGGCUACAGCAGUUCUUCUUCAGAGCAUGUUAGAAAGGAUUCAUGUGCUGGAAAAGCAAGUUGAGGGUGUUAUCGUGAAUAGCACCCUGGAAUUUGAGAUUCUUGCCAGUCAAAUUAAAUCACUCAACACUACAUUUUCUUUGCACCUGUCAAACCACUCCUAUGUUUCUGCAAACAGUUGUGUAAUUCCAGAUGAUCCAAGUUAUCCUGAGUGCAGACAGAAAGUUAUGUGGUUGAUAAAUAACUGGAAAUCUGAUGGCAAGUUUGCACAACAUGGUGUGAAUGGAAGCAUAUGUUCAGCCCUGACUUAUCUUUCAGAGGUUGAGGCAUGGUGCCCAAAGAGUGAUAGACAGGUCUGUGAUAUCCCAAACGACUCUGCCUAUCCUGAGUGUACAGAUAAAGUACAGUGGAUGCGCAAAUUCUGGACAUCUGACCCAAAGUUUCGUAGCCAUGGGGUGGAUGGUGGCGACUGCUCUAUUCUUCACUAUCUAAGUGAGGUGGAACAUUUUUGCCCAGUGCUGGAAGGAAGAACACUAAAAUCAGAUUGCACAAUCCCAAAAGAUCCUGCCUUUCCAUCUUGCACAGCUAAAGUUGCAUGGAUGCGCAAUUUCUGGAAGACACAUGAGUGUUAUGCAAAGGACCAUGGAGUAAAUGGCACCAUCUGCUCCUUUCUUGUCUACCUUAGUGAGGUGGAAAACUGGUGCCCCAAGUUUCCUGGAAGGGUGAAACCCACAUCCCGAGCAACAACAGAAGGAGCGGUGACCUACCUGGAUCUCCAUCGCUCUGAUGUGCAGGGCCUUCUUGGUUUACUUAAUGACCAAGACCCCAUCAAAUUCAAGUGGAUAAAGAAUAGAAUAAAUCAGAUGUGGCCACAAUGGCUUUCAGCAUUGGAGGAUUUAAAGAAGAAAAGGGACCUGAAGAAGAUCAAGCAGAAAAAGAUCCUUGUUCAUAUUGGUUUACUUGCAAAUGAAAGAGCACUCCACUUUGCCGCUAAUGCAGACAAGGGGGGACCCCUGGGUGAACUUGUCCAGUGGAGUGAUCUCAUAGCUUCGCUUUAUUUACUCGGCCAUGAUGUUACUGUAACUGCUGAUAUUCCCAGGUUACAAGGGAUCUUUGGCAAGCUGCGUGGCCCUGCCAAAAAGCCAUGUCCUACCACAAUCAAAAAUGACUACGAUUUGAUCUACUUGGACUACUAUGGUGUCAAGCAAAUGCAAACUAAAGUUGGCCAAUUCACUCAAAGCUUCAAGUGCAAGUUCCGUAUUGUGGACUCCUUUGGCACUGAGGCACAGUUCAACUAUGCAGGCUUUACAGAGAAGGUGCCAGGGGGCAGCAUGGCAUUGUGGGGAAGACAUAACCUCAACCUCAAGCAAUUUAUGACCAUGUUCCCUCAUAGUCCAGACAACUCUUUUCUUGGGUUUGUGGUUGGCGAGGAACCAACACCGGAUCCUCAUCCAAAGAAGAAAAAAGCUCGUGCCCUUGUGUAUGGGAAACACUACUAUAUGUGGAAGGAUCUUAAGCAGCGCAGUUUCCUGGAUGUCAUAAACAAGUACAUGGAGAUCCAUGCUACUGUCGGUGGAGGGCCUGAAUCUGAGAUCAAGAAAUGGGUGCCUAGUUAUGUGAUUAACCAUGGCGUCCUGCCAUCUUUAGAGGUUCAGAAACUCCUACAGGAUUCAAUGAUAUUUGUUGGACUCGGUUUUCCCUAUGAAGGCCCUGCACCACUUGAGGCUAUUGCCCAUGGCUGUUUUUUCCUUAACACGAAGUACCAUCCUCCAAGAAACCGUAUUAACACUCCAUUCUUCAAAGACAAACCCACCUUACGUCAAAUCACUUCCCAGCACCCGUAUGCCGAGGACUACAUUGGCCAACCAUAUGUCUACACCGUGGACAUCAAUGAUCUUAAUAAGAUUGAGGCAGUUAUGAAGGAGAUCAUGAUGGCUGAGCCGGUUUCUCCGUACCUCCCUUACGAGUUCACGCACAAAGGAAUGCUUGAAAGACUGCAUGUUUUUAUAGAAAAUCAGAAUUUUUGCGGACAGAAUUUGUGGCCUCCUCUUAAUGCGCUCCAGGCAAGAAAAGGAGCAAUGGGUUCUUCUUGCAAGGAGACUUGUCAUAGCCUAGGCUUAGUGUGUGAACCACAGUACUUCCCAGCAAUCAACACAAAGGAAAGAAUGACACGGAGUGGCUUUCCAUGCAACACCACGCGCGUAGAGGACAUGCCGUCCCUAGUUGCCCCUGGAUACCGAGACGACCCGCCAGUGUGCCUGCGCCAGGCACAAAAUCUCCUCUUCAGCUGCACAGCGAACAGCCCCACCACCAAGCGGCUCUGUCCGUGCAGAGACUUUAAGAAGGGCCAGGUGGCACUUUGCAGCAAGUGCUAGCAAUAAGGGCACGCCUACCCAGUACAGUGUUGUACAGUAUUUAUAGGGCACAAGGGGAUUCCUUAGUAAAGGCGUGGCGCGGUCAGAGUGAGCUUAGGUGGCGUCAUUGACUGGCUUCACAAUUACAAAUUUCUUGCUCUUAUUUUGGUCCAUGUGGAUGGACUCCACGGUUCGACCUUCGCGCGAUCUAAAAUAGUUAUUUCUAAAUAACAAUAACACUGCUUGCGGUACAAAUAAAGAUCCAUUAAUAUGUACAGUAAAUAUAUAAUAUAUUAUAUAUAAUAUAUUAUAUAUAAUAUAAUAUAUUAUAUAAUAUAUAAUAUAUAUAUAAUAUAUUAUAUAUUAUGAGUAAAUAUAUAAUAUAUUAUAUAUUAUAUAUAAUAUAUUAUGUAUUAUGUAAUAUAUAGAAUAAUAUACAAUAUAAAUAAUAUCUAGUUGUUUUUGCCCAUUCAAUUUUACCCACCACAUUCGGGCUAGUAUGACAUUUUAUACUUGGUGUACAGUUUCACCGGGACACGCCUUUGUUAUGGUCCUUAUGGUGGGUGCACUGUGUUAGAGAGCACUCCCCCGUAGCAACCAUCUAUAUGCUCGUUUGAACUCCAUGUGGAAGAUGUGCUCCUCAGAUGCAGGUUAAUAUUUUUUUAGAAACACAUUUUUGGGUAUAUCUUUUGUUGUUCCAUCAAUUCAUGCAUCCAUUCGAUGGGAGCGCCAAGAAAACUAGCUAUAAACAGACCGGUAGUGUCAAUAUUUUUAUUUAAAUUAAUUAAUCUUAUGCAGCUUAGACAUUAAAAGGCGCACGUCACUUGCUUCUGAUCUUUAGUACCAUAGACUACACUAACUUGAGGAUAUUAGUUUAUACGUGAAUAAUGUACUGGGAUUGUCAAGAUCUAGGAAGAAAUUAAUGUUGCCGAAAACGGAAGCACUUAUUAUGGGGAUUGGCCAGAGUAGUCCUCGACCUCGCGGUGAAUUAAAGCAAACACCAUACAGUAUAUCGUUGUAUAGCUAAAUAUUCUUAAUUUUCUCUUUUUUUUUAAUCGCGUUUUUUAUGUUUCUAAAGCGCCAAUGUACCAUUGACUCGAGUUUGAUUUUCAUCCAAACUUUUCCCUAUAAGUUUGUUAAUUCAACUGGGUUGGUAAUACAUUGAACUGUAUUGUUUGGUUAUGUAUUAGUACUGUUUAGGCCUUUACAUAAGCGAAUGUGUCAACAACACAUUGAACCGUUGAACUGUUGUGUUUGGUUAUGUUAUGUAUUAGUCAUGUUUAGGCCUUUUUACAUAAGCGAAUGUGUCAACAACACAUUGAACCGUUGAACUGUUGUGUUUGGGUAUGUUAAAGCUGAAGUUUCGAUCAGAUAUUACAUCACUGUACUGAUGGUUUUUGUUCCUUCGGAAACUAUUAGUUUUCCUAUUGACCUUAAACAUCCCUUUGCUUGACUUGCGUCCUUUUUUCAAAAACUGUCGUCAUUUGCAGUCGCUGCUUUAGUAUCAAUGAAGAUACAUUUUUUUAUAAAACGUCACGCAUGGGGUUGGGCAUUUUUUAUGUGUUACUCGUUAUUUGUAGAAUGUUAUAAGUUUAUAAAGAUAGCGCCACACUGUAUAAAAUAUGAAUGAUGGCAAUAAACAUUUGUUUUUAAA